AUGUUGGAAAAGCGCAAGCAAAAUGGUAUUGAAUUGGCAGCUUGGCAAAUAGCUGCUAUUUUCAUUUUGUCAAUUGCAUGUUUAAUUGGAAUUACUAUUCCUGUAUCACGCCAAAAACGUAUUAAUUGUGAAUCUUCUUCUUAUUUUACUUCAAAUUCAGACUUACCACGACCAAGACAUGUACGUCAAGGUCAAUGUCCAGCAGAUUUACCAGUUUGUUCGACUGCGCCAACUCCAACAGGUGGAACUGGAUCUACAGUAUCAAUAGUAACAACUUCAACUGCUCAACCCACAACAACCACUGCCAGAAAUACUUUACCACCAAUAACUAAGCCCCCAACUGUACCACCAUCAACAACCUCAAAUCCAUGGAUUAAUAUGACUCGUCCUCAUAACAGUAUUCGAUUACCAACAGUUGCACGACCUAUUUCGUACGAUAUCCAUAUUAGUUGUCCGCAAUGUUGGAAUGCGACGAUUAGCACAACUGAUAUUCAAUUUUCCGGUCGGACGACAAUUGAAGUCAGUAUUAUUACGCAAACAUCGUCUCUUAUUUUUCAUGCAAAAGAUUUGAUAAUAAAAAGUAUUCUAAUAAAUGGUACAAAUCCGCUGAACACGAUUAAUAUACCGGAAUUUGAAAUGAUUUAUUUGAAUCUUACCAAUACACUUUUAGCUGGUCAACGAAUAACACUUGAUAUAACAUACGAUGGUAGAGUCAACCGAUAUGAUCAAAGUGGAUUUUAUCUAGAAUUCUUUUAUACCGGUAUAAAUAAUGAGAAAUUUCUUGGUACAAAUUUUGAGCCAACAGAUGCUCGACGAGUUUUUCCCUGCUGGGAUGAACCUGGUUACAAAGCCACCUAUACACUAGCGAUUGAACAUGAUGAAAAUACUCUCGCAUUAUCAAACACACCCACUAAUACAAUCAUUACUAAUAACGGCAUAUCAACCACAACGUUUAUUACAACAGUUCCGCUAAGCACAUUUCUAUUGGCAUGGGCUAUAGUACCGAAUGAUUUUGGUGUGGCAUCGAUUAUGUAUGAUAAAACAAAUAUUUCUGUAUGGGCUCGUAAAGAACUGAUAGAAAACAAUCGCAUAAGUUUUACACUGACACUCAUUCAAACUAGUCUUCAGUUUUUAACUGAUUAUUUCAAUGAAACUGAUGAUGAUUUUUUACCAACUAAAAUUGAUUUCUUAGCUGUACCAGAUUUUGCUAAUAAUGAUGCAACUUCGAACUGGGGUUUACUAUCAUUUCGUGAAGAUAUAUUGAGUUUUGACGAGAAAUUAAAUUCAGCUGAAAUGCAACAAAACGUCGCAAAAACAAUUGUUGAACAAUUAGUACAGUUUUGGUUUGGUAACAGUGUAACCAUAAAUUGGUGGAACGAUAUUUGGCUGCAUAAAGCAAUGGCCGCCUUUAUUUCCUAUAAGGUAUUAGAUGCACAGUUUCCAUCGUGGAAUAUUACCCAACAAAUAGUAGUUCGUGACAUAGUUCCCGCAUUGUGGCACGACUCAAAACCGAGUUCUCAUCCGCUUUCAAAUAAUAAUAUCACAACAAAUGCUGAAAUAAUUAAUUUAUUUGAUUCCAUAACAUAUUUGAAAGGUGCAUCAGUUUUACGCAUGUUCGAAAAUAUUGUUGGAGCAGAUCAAUUUCAAGGUGCAACACAAAUAUAUUUGCAACGAAAUCGUUUCGAUAUUGGUAAUCCAUCGGAUUUUUAUACAUCACUUAACUGGACGUUCGUUCAAACAACUGCCGAAGAAUACAUAAAAUCAUGGUUAGAAGAACCUAAUUAUCCAUUAUUAAGUGUUCAUAUGGAUGCAACAAAUCCAUCAGGUACAACGAUUACAUUUAGACAAAGUCGAUACAUUGGUGCUAUUGAGUUGGAUGACAGUAAUCUUAAUAGAAACUUUAGAUGGAAAAUAAAUAUUUACUGUACAGUGGGAGGUAUUGAUAAUGGAACAAUCGCUAGUCUAACAGAAAACGCGAACGAACCAUUAGUACAGUUGCUAUUACAAACUGAAAAUGAUACGGUAUCUAUACCAGGCAAACAAUAUGCAUGGAUAAAAUGCAAUAAAGAUUUCAAUGGAUUUUAUGUUACCGAAUAUUCUGUUACUAAUCAGGAAGAGUCACAAAUUUGGGAUAACUAUGAACAGCUCUUCGUCAUAACAGAGACAUUUUCAAAUGAAGAUAAAGCUAAUUUGAUCAAUGAUGCCUUUAUAUUGGGUCACAUAGGAACUUUACUUUAUCAAGAAGCCCUAAAAGUCGUCUUACCUCUUGGUCAAACAAAAGAACAAUAUCUUCCAUGGAAAGCAUUCAUUUGGCACUGGCACAAUUUAGCCGAUGUCGAAGAACAUUCAAAAUACUUUCGAGGUUUUAAAAUUGAAUUUUAUUUUUACAGUCUAUAUAAAUCAUCACGUUUCGAAUUAUUAUGUCGUAUGCAAGAUACAGAUGCGUUAUUAAAAGCGUCAGAACUUUAUUAUCUGAUAGAUCCAUCUUACUUUUUCAAUUCAAGUGCUGAUACAAAUGUUAGUCCAGAUUAUUUGACUACAGUUUUACAAUAUCAUAUACAAAAUACGUACAAUGUUGAAGAAUGGUAUUAUAUGUACCAAAACUAUACAGUAAACACUGUGGGAACAGCUCAAGAACGUCUUGCAAUGUUAGCAGCACUUAGUCAAUCGAAAGAUAUAUGGAGAUUGAAAUUAUUGUUGGAAGACGGUCUUGACUUCACUAAUAGUCUCAUUGAAACACAAGAUUUUAUAUCCAUAAUGGAAUUUAUUGCAAAAAAUCCUGUUGGACGUUAUAUUGUAUGGAAUUUUUAUCGGCACAAUUAUGAAGAAUUUAUUAGCAGAUUUGGUUUUAAUAAUCGUCCCUUCAAUGCACUAAUAUUAAUCCUAACAAAAUCAUUUGAAAAUGAAUAUUAUCUUACGGAAGUGCAAGAAUUCAUUGCUAAAUUUCCACAUCCUAUCGGUUCUAACGUACAACAACUAGCUCGGGAACAAACAAUAAUGAAUUUUGAAUGGUUAUUGGAUGAAGCUGAAGGUCUUGAUGAAGCAAUAUCUGGCGGUGAUAAGCAAAAAUUGAAUAAAAAACUGAUCUCCUAA